GUUUUGCUUUGGUCGGCCUGUAGCUGGUGCUCAUCAGCCUACCGAAGCACUUGGGGGUGAUGAUGGCAUGUGUGAGGCAGCUCCGUCCGAGCCCCUGGUCCCAGCACCUACAGGGGAUGAGGUUUGCAUCACGAUCGAAGAUGAUACCCAGUUGGACACCGAAACCCAUUGGGAAGAUUCCCAAACCCCACCGGAGUGGCACGACAACCCGUUUGAAGGUAUGAACCUUGAUGAAAUGGAUUUGGCUGACUCCCAGGCUGAAGUGAUUUCCUUAGAGUUGGAUGGUGACGCUGACACUUUUGUGGAGACCUUGAAGGGUGUGUUGUGUCCUGUUCCUGGCUCCUCGGACAACCCCAUCCUGAACCCCAUGGCCAAUCCAGAUUUGACUGAGGUCGAGAAGUAUCCCUGCGCCCGCCCUCCACAGGUGGGUGAGAUCGCCAGUGCCAUGUCAUCAGCCGAGCCACCUAGGACGUCCGAGGAGAUGGCAGGGAUGGGGGGGAAGGAGGCAAAGGCAAAGCAGAACAGCAAAGAGGAAUGCCGAGACAUUGGCCAAACAGCGGCCAAACUUUUCCGCCAGAAGUGCGACGACUAUGACUAUGAUGACUCCUCGGCUUACAAGAUUCCACGGGGGCUUCCUGAGCACCAUCCUGGAUUCAUUCCACUUCGCCUUCUGAAGAUUAUGGCUCUACUCACCAGUGUAUUCGCAUUGAAGGCGCUGCCAGAGAAGUACAGUUGCGUGGACAUGUUUGCGGGGCAGGCGGCAAUCAGCCGUGCCUUCCGCGCUCGCAAUCUCAAUGUUGCAACCCUGGACAUCAAGAUUGAUAGAAGGGAUGAGGAACUUCACGAAGAUCAGUUGAAUGUCCACUUGGACGAGAACCGACAUGUGGAUGGCUCCCUUGAUCCAUGGGACGAUGCGAACUGUUGGAUCGAGAGAUAUGCCGUGAUCUUGCCACCACCGAGGAUGGUGACACCUUACCGGAGUCAGCUUAGCGAUGGUUCUGUUUCCCUUGACGUUGUGAUGACACCUUCUCCCCCGCCCCCUCCACAAAGACCAUCGGUCAAGAGGGAGAUCCUAGCAGCAGAGGAAACCAACAAGAAGGCUCGCCCUGUGGAAUGUCCCACGGCAUGCAAGACACCAUCCCCAGCCAAAGCACAUUCCACCGGCCAGCCAGUUGCGAGGAAGCUAUCCUUUAGCAGCAACAAUGGUCAGCCAGGCAACCCGCAGACAUCUAGCUCCAAGACACCACCACGCCCCAGCGCAAGUCCCUCGUUAGUUACAAAACAGGAGCCCAAGCCAGAGGAAGCAGACCCUGAAGUUUGCAUCACUUCUAUCAAGCAUGAAGGUGGGUUCAAGUCACCUGCACCAGCAAAGUCGCUAGCAGCAAACAGCCCACCUGAUGCCAAAGCAGCACCGUCACUGCCUGCAGUCCCAGCAAAAGCGUCACCCAAAGAAGUGCCAUUGCAGAGGCCACCUCCUUUCCCACCAACCCCCAAAGAAGGUGCAGUUGCAAAGGCUUCACCUGUUGACCGCAGCGAUGUAUCAGGCAAAGGCAAAGGAACAGCCACAAUUGCCACCCCUCAAGCGGCCACCACAUCCCCAGUUCUGAAAGCCUCACCGGCUGCAGCCCUGCCCGCCCCAGCAGCAAACACUGCCAAAGCAAGCGCCUCACCACCCCCGGCCAAGGCACACACAGCACCAACAAGCAGUGUGGCAGUGGCAAGCAAGGGCACAGCAAUGGCCCCUCCAAAGGCAACAUCCAUCCCCUCGCCGCCACCCCCAAAGACCGUGGCACCACCUGCAAAGGCACACAUGGCAGCAGCAACCCCAGAAGCAAGUAAGGCAGCAGCAAGCACCUUGGCAUUGGCACAUCCAACAGCACCUCCAACCCCGACACCUGCAAAGGCUCCAGCACCCGCAACAACCCCUGCACCGCGCCCAGCACCAGCAACAGCCCCUGCACCACCCGCAACAGCCCCUGCAACAACCCCAGUGCCAAAGCCUCCUGCACCCAAGCAGUCAGCAGUGCCACAGGUACAAGUUGCAAAUGCCAUUGAACCCAUCAGCUACCAAGACCGACAAAAACACUUUGCCACCUUCAAGAGGCAAAUCAGCGGUGAAGCUGUUUCGAUUGCCGUGCCAGAGGAGUUCUUGCAAGCCUGGCAGGAAGCAGUCAGCACCAACAGCAAGACAGCCAAAGGGCAUUUGUUUCAGAUGUGGUGCCACGCCGGUGGUGACUGGGGUAAGAAUCUAGGCAUCAAUGCAAGCUGGCGCAACAGGGACCAGCUGUUGGUGAUGUACAAUGGAAAUGUCAAACUUGUGGAUGACCUCUUGGAGCGAAAGCGCUCUGAGAACAUGGUGAAGGUGCUUUUGGAUCUCUCCACGACCAACAAGGACAUCUCCUCAGAGAAGGUCACCAUGGACUUGACUGCGGAUGUGGAUCCCGGUGCUUCAGAGCCGACAAAUCCAGGGGACAAAGAAGACAAGAAGAAAGACGACCCUGCGUACGAUGAGGUUGCCUUAUCGGCCGCUUUGAAGCUGGCUGUUGAACGAUCUGAGUACUACAACGAGGACAAGAAAGCGGCGGAUGCUGUUGUCCGCUCCCUCCGUCCCAAAGGCCCCAGAAAAGGCAAGAAGGGACAAGAUGAAGAUGAGGAGCCACGACAUCCAUCAAAGCGACCUCGCACAGGGCAGCCAGCUGCCAAUGACAAGGCAGUAACGUCCAAGAUUCUGACUUUUUGGCUGGCUGAUCUAACUCGCCAGCAAGCGGAGAAGAGUGAUGCCACCCCAUUAGACGGGGAGGUCGCUGUGUGUGUUUGGGGUUACGCGCGGGGAUUGCAAGUGCUGGAUCAAUCCAAUUUGUGCAUGGAAGAUCACCAGAAACGAGAGUUUUUUGACUGCACCCUUUUGCACCUUCAGACCUACGCGACAGGCACCAUGCGGCUGCUACGUGGAGUUGUCACUCAACUUCGCUCUGUCUUCCAAGAGUUUGCAAAGGGUACAGGAGGCAAUUGCUACGAAGAAGGGAAUCCAGAGAGCCACUGUGCCCAGCACGAUGCCAACUGCACCACAGCUUUACGUUA